AUGGCGAGAAAAGUGAUUGUCGCUUUGAUGCGCAAUGACUUGCGGUGAGUGCCGUUUGUCGUCCCCUAUCAGCUCCUUAUGGGAACGAGACGUCGCUUGCCUCGUCCGACACGGCGAGCUGCAGCUCAUCGCGUCGACGCCCGAGCUUUCGGAGGUCGGCGCAUCGCCACCUGCGCAAAACCUUUCUCUCGGAGCUGAUACAGCUUUCACAACGAAAUUACUCCGACAGGAUCCACGACCAAGCACUGUUCCAUGCCGCCCACUCGCAAAACAACACCGAGGUGACGCAUUUGUUGCCGCUCUACGUCUUCGAUGAGCGCCAGAUCGAGCUUUCGGCGCUCCCUGACUAUCAGCGACAGGGACCCGAGGCGCGCACCCGAAUUUACAAGUUUUGGAGAACAGGCGUCUACAGAGCAAAGUCAGUGAGAAUCAACUGCGUGAUGUACGGAGUAGGAAUCGGUGUUCACACCCGUGAGCAUCAUGCGCCACAGAGGACAUCGAGUGCGAGCAUAUGCGAGCCAUGUCCUUCUCGGCAAUUGCGAUCCGCAAACACUGCGCUCUCGAUUCAGUCAUCGGCGAUGCCCAGCGAUGCCGAUGUCAAAAGUCUCAAAUCGCCUCACGAUCCAUGGUGACCGAGCAUCUGGACUGAGAAUCUAAUCUUAUUUCUACCGCAGGUUCAUCACCGAAGCCGUGUACGACCUCAAACAGUCGUUGCAGCAGCGCAACUCGGAUUUGCUCGUGCGCUUUGGACAGACCGAACACGUCAUCGCGCAGAUCGUGCAGUCGCUGCAGGACGAUGGCGCAGAAGUCAAGAAGGUGUUGAUGCAGAAAGAGGUCAGUCUUAAAUCAUGAUUGAUGUGCCACCAAGCAUAGUUCAGAGUAGAUGCUCAUCUUGCGAUCACCCCCUCUUGUGCCCGUUAGUUUUGCACGGAAGAAUUGGCAGUCGAGCGACGAACGGCCAAGCUCCUCGGCAAGAACAGCGUGCAGGUGCAGACCUUUGAUACCUCCCCUCUUCUGGACGUCCGCGAUCUUCCGUUCUCAAUCCAGGAGUGCCCCGACGUCUUCACGCCCUUCCGCAAGCGUGUUGAGGGUCUUGGACAGCUCGGACGCGCACCGCUCGAGAUGCCGAGCAAGUUCAAGCCGUUCCCGGCACUGGAAAAGAACUCGGCGCCGUUCCCCGGGUACGGCGACAAGUUCGACAAGAGCAACACCGUUGAUGCGGUCCUGCCGCACUUGCUCAAGCCACUCGAUAGCUCCUCGGCGACGGCGUACUCUGCACCGUCACACACACCCUCGGACAAGAGCGCGUUUCCCUUUGCAGGUGGUGAGACGUCGGCGCUGAAACGCAUGGACUGGUACUUCCACCAAGGCAAGCCUCCCCCCGUUGCGCGCUACAAAGAGACCCGCAACGGCUUGUUGGGCCACGAGUACAGCACCAAGUUCUCGCCCUUCUUGUGCUUUGGCAUGCUGUCCCCCCGUCUGGUGAUGCAGUCGCUCGACGAACACGAGGCCAAGUUCGGUUCGUCGCAAAACACAUACUGGGUCCGCUUCGAGAUCCUGUGGCGCGACUACUUCAUGUUCAUCUCGCGCAAGUACGGCUCCAAGCUCUUCACGCUCGGUGGCUUCGAGUCCGUGACGGACCCCAAGCAAGCGCAGAUCAAGACCAAGCCCGGAUGGUGGAAAGGUCUUGACAGCGACAGUCCCCGUGAUCAACCGGCGAUUCGUUGGCUCGAAGGACGUACGGGCGUCCCUUUCAUCGACGCCAACAUGGCCGAACUCCGAGGCUCGGGCUUCAUGUCGAACCGAGGUCGGCAAAACGUCGCUUCGUUCCUGACCAAGGACCUUCAAGUCGAUUGGCGUCUCGGGGCCGAAUUCUUCGAAUCGCAUCUGAUCGACUACGAGCCGACGGCCAAUUACGGUAAUUGGCAGUACGUUGGUGGGGUCGGUAACGACCCUCGCGCGUCGAGGCAGUUCAACCCGAUCAAGCAAGCGAAUGAUUACGACCCUUUGGGAAAGUACAUCAAGACGUGGUUACCCGAGUUGGCGAACGUACCGAGUCAUCGGAUUCAGGCGCCUUGGAUCCUGAGCGCCGACGAGAAGAAGCGCUUCGUCACCGGCGAUUACCCCGAGAGUCCGGUCAUUGAGCAAGGCAGUUGGAAGAAGCACUACUUCAAGAAGGUGAGCUCAGGUUUUUGUGUCUGAGUUUGUGAUAUGUCCUUACAGCGAUAUUGAUGCGGGGUCUGGUAUUCUUCACCCAAAGGGACCUGGCAAGACCCACGGAAACAAGAACGAAAGGAUCAAGAACCCGGGUCCUGCCAAGAACCGACAGAACGCCAACAACAACGGCGGUGGCAAAGGCAGCGAACAAGGUGGUCAUGGGGAAGGUGAGGGCGGUCAUCAGCAACACCAACAACAGUAA